AUGGCCCACUCUACCCAAUGCUUUUUGCCAAAAUUUGGUUCUCUAUCUGAAGGUCCGAAACAGCCUAUGUCGAUGAGGACCAGGACGAGCAGUUCAGAAACCACCCAGUUGAUUUCGGCGUGGCAGGAAGGACAACUCGACGCUCUAUUACAAACCACGUGGGCCUUGGUCCUUUACCGCUAUACCGGUUCUGCAGAUAUUUGCUUCGGUUGCCAACACCUGACUGCUCAUGAUUAUGCAACCCAUUCCUCAGAUAGUGCGACAAUCCGUACAUGCAGACUCUCAGUCAGCGAGGAUGACUCUAUUCGAGGACUGCUUGAGAAAGCGAAGGGUCAGAUUGACCUCGCCGAUUCCGCUGAGAAAUGUGGAACUCUGAGCGGGGUGACUAGAAACUUUCGGCUGUAUAACACCAUGAUGAUGAUUCAAAAUUGUCGUGAGACGACAACGACUUCGACAGAUACCCCUGUCGCGGUGAUUGCCCUCCCAAAUGAGUGCCACCUUCGCCUUCACGUGAAGGUUUUGUAUGAAGAUAUCGGCAUCUUUAUGGAGUGGUGGAAUAACGAUAUAUCAACAGAGCAAAUUAGGAGCAUGUCCAGCUAUUUACAACAGAUGCUAACCCGAGUUCUUAUGGCAGAUGACACGGUGGUGAGCAAACUAAGUGGCAUAUCAGAAAGCGAUUGGGCUCGCAUAUGCAAGUUUAAUGCAGAGACGCUAGAGGCCCAUGACCGCUGUAUUCAUGAAACAAUCCAUGAGCAGACAGUACUCCAGCCCGAGAGCGAAGCUGUGUGUGCUUGGGAUGGAAGCUUGACGUAUAGCAAAUUGGAUCUAUUAGCUUCUCAACUUGCGUACCACCUUCAAGCACAAGGCGUUGGGCCUGAAGUUCGCGUAGCGCUAUGUUUUGACAAAUCCAAAUGGAAUAUUGUGGCACUGCUUGCUGUCUUGAAGGCUGGUGGUGCCUUCGUGCCUUUAGAUCCAACACACCCAGCGCCUCGUUUGCAAUCUCUUGUUCGGUCUGUACAGGCGAGAAUUAUGCUGUGCUCUAGAAACCACGCCCAGAACCUAAGGGCGGUUGUAGAGCACUUGAUACCACUAGACAGUGACACUUGGGAAGAACUUUCGAUUCCCUGCGGAGACGUAAGUCUAUCGACGGAAGUAAAGGGUUCCAACGCAGCGUACGUGAUCUUUACUUCCGGAUCAACUGGAGAGCCAAAGGGCACUUUGAUGGAACAUAAAGCAUAUGUAUCCAGUGCAAUGGCUCAUGCACCGCGACUCCGUGUCUUUGCCUACUCACGUUUACUACAAUUUGCGGCGCAUACGUUUGACGCGAGCUUGGUUGAAAUCCUGACAUCGUUGUUGGUCGGGGCUUGCAUCUGUGUGCCAAGUGAAGAAGCACGCCUAAACAAUAUUACCAAAGUAAUCAACGACAUGAGGGUGAACCAUGCUACUUUGACACCAUCAUUCAUUGACUUCGUCAAUAUCUCAGAUGUUCCAAAUCUUGAGACUCUUGUGCUCGCCGGUGAGGCAAUGUCUCAAUCGCACCUGGAAAUAUGGUCCAAAAUCAACCUUGUGAAUGGGUUUGGGCCCACAGAGACCGCCGUUACAGCUGCGGUUAACUCAAAGGUCACUAGGUCCUCUGAUAGCAGGGAUAUAGGCCUUCCCACGGGGGUCCAUUGCUGGAUUGUAGAUUCAGAUGAUCACAACCAGCUUGUUCCUGUUGGUUGCGUUGGGGAAAUGCUAGCUGAGGGACCUUCUCUAGCUCGAGGAUACGUUAAUAAUCAGCAAAAAACUGAUGAGGUUUUCAUUUAUGACCCAUCCUGGGCGAAACGCCAGGGUGGAGGCUCUGGCCGGAGGUUUUAUAAGACCGGCGAUUUGGUACGGUAUAAUUCUGAAGCUGGCUCGCUGACGUAUAUAGGAAGAAAGGACACACAAGUAAAGUUUCACGGACAAAGAAUUGAGUUGGGCGAGAUCGAAGACAAUCUGAACACUGAUUCAAACAUAAGGCACUGCCUUGUGUUCCUCCCGAAGUCUGGGUUCUCUGAAGGCAGAAUAGUAGCGGUAUUGUCUUUGCCUAUCUUCGACGGGAUUUCAGACUCAGAUCCGGUACCCCUGAGACUUCUUGAGGAUUCAAAGAAGAAUUCAACCAUAUCUCAGAUACGUGAUCGAUUGUCGGCACGCUUACCAGCGUAUAUGAUUCCCACGGUGUGGCUGUGUGUCGAGACUCUGCCAAUGCUUGUAUCCGGUAAACUAGACAGAAAGGCAACUGCAAAUUGGGUUGGCAAUCUGGAAAAUGACCCAAAUAUCCAACUCACCAAGCUUGACCCCAUCCUUAGUGAGAGUAGCACUCAGUCUGAAAAUGCGACAGAGGAACGACUGGCUUCCAUCUGGAGCCGUGUCCUCAAUAUCCCCAGAACCCACAUCAGCCUCGACGAAAGCUUUUUAGGUCAGGGAGGUGACUCGAUUGCCGGAUUAACAUGUGUUGGUUUCUGCACAAAGCAGGGAAUCGGUAUCACAGUUCAAGAUAUACUUCGGAGUAAGUCGAUUAGGGACUUAGCAACCCGUGCAAAGGAGAUUCAACAGCCAGCAUCUUACGAAGAAACUAUCGAGAAACCAUUCGGCCUUUCGCCAAUUCAAAAGCUUCAUUUCAUGGUGCGCCAAGAGGGUCAGGGGCAUUUCAACCAGAGCGUGCUGACGCGCUUGAAUCAACAAGUCGACGAGUAUGACCUGCGCCGCAGUAUUGAAACGCUUAUUAGCCGCCACUCUAUGCUCAGAUCACGAUUGGCUGACUUAGGCACUGAUGGAUUACAGCAGCGUAUUACAGAAGACGUUGCUGGCUCUUACCGUUGGCGCAUGCAUGAUGUGAACCGUCAAGAUCAGAUUGAGCAUGCCAUUGCCGAUAGCCAGGCAAGCAUCAAUGUUUUCACUGGGCCUGUCCUAGCCGUUGAUAUGUUUAAUGGAAAUGGAAAGGAUUAUGUUUUGUCUCUCGUUGCUCAUCAUCUAGUUGUCGAUAUCGUUUCCUGGAGGAUCAUUCUAGAAGAUCUGGAGGAUUUACUUCUGAACCCGGAUGAGGCUAAAUCGCAAACCGGCUCUCUUCCUUUCCAGACUUGGUGCCAAAUGCAAGCAGACAAAUGCCAGGAGCUGAACACGACAUUGGACGACCUUCCUCCGCCGGACUUCGCCUACUGGGGAAUGGAGAAAUGUCCUAUUACUUACGGAGACGUGGAUUGCGAAACAUUUGAGGUCGAUGCAGAGAGCACCCGUACUCUCCUGAUGGACUGCCACCAAAGUCUUCAAACUGAGCCUAUUGACGUGUUUCUCGCCUCCCUUCUGCAUUCUUUCCUGCAGACUUUUAGUGACCGAUCUUUACCAGUGAUCUACAACGAAGGCCACGGUAGGGAGGUUUGGGACUCUGGAAUAGACAUCUCGCGAACUGUUGGGUGGUUUACCAUUCUGCACCCAAUAACCUUACACCAGAUUGCAGAAGAUGACCCAGUAAAGACACUCAUACGUGUCAAGGACCUCCGUCGACGUGUUAUGGAUAAUGGCAGGCAAGAUUUUGCACGGCGCCUGGUUGGCGAUGCGAAAGACCGUGGUCAUCCUAGCCCAAUGGAAAUUUCAUUCAAUUAUGUCGGCCAGCACCGAGACUUGCAGAGACAGGAUGGUCUCUUCCAGCUUAUGAAUCAGAUGGCUGGAGAGGCUGGUCGAGGUGGAGGAGCAGCAGACUUUGGCGAGAAAACCCCGCGAUUUGCCCUCUUUGAGAUCUCUGCGAUGGGUGUUCAAGGGCGCCUGCGUUUUACGUUUUCUUUCAACCGAUAUAUGAAGCAUCAGCAAUCCAUCCGACAUUGGAUCUCAAACUGUCAUGACCUGCUCAAGCAUCUCGGUUCAAAAUUACAGUCCCUUGCGCCAAAACCAACUUUAAGCAGUUUCCCAAUGCUUUCCUUAACGUAUGAAGAGCUCGAGACGAUAUUCUCGGACAGACUACCGAAUGUUGGAAUCAAAUCUUUUGAGCAAGUAGAGGAUAUCUAUCCUUGCUCGCGCAUGCAGCAGGGUAUAUUAUUGAGCCGUUCCCGAGACGAGGGAUUCUACUCUGUGCAUGACACAUUCGAAGUGAAGAGCUCAGAGAUCGAACCUGAUGUCAAUCAACUGGUGCUUGCUUGGCAACAGGUGGUUAUGCAUCACCCAAUGCUACGGACCAUAUUUGUGGACAAGCUCACAAGCCGGGAGCUGUUCUGCCAAGUGGUCUUAAAAACCAUCGACUCUCAGCCGAGCAUUAUCAGAUGUGUGGAUGAGAGUGAAGUGCUCGCUGCGUUUGAUGAACAGGACCCAAUGACCUAUGUCGGAUAUCAGCCGCCUCACCGAUUUACUAUCUGUCAGACGGCUUCUGGAAAACUUUUCUGCAGACUGGAAAUCAACCAUGUUUCCAUGGAUGGUUCUUCGAUUUCAAUUAUAGCCCGAGAUUUACAGCUGGCAUACGCUGGAAAGCUGGAAACACACCGCAGACCGAUGUUCAAGAACUUUUUGCAUUACUUGCGUGAGCAAGAUGACAGCACCGGGUAUUGGUGCUCGUAUUUGUCAGAUUGCAGACCUUGUCACUUUCCGGUGCUUAAUGAUGGCAUCAUCUCUGAAAAGAAACUCCGAAGUGUUCGUCUGAACGUCAACUUCUACAGCGAACUUCUAGAAGCGUGCGAGAAGAGUGGAGUAACUUUGUCAGCCGCUAUUAGCACGGCCUGGGGUCUUACGCUUGGUCAAUUCUGUGGCUCCAGUGAUGUUUGCUUCAGUUACCUGGCUUCUUUGAGAGAUAUGCCUGUCGAAGACAUCGAGUCUGUUGUCGGGCCGGUUAUAACGCUGUUGGCAUGCCGAAUGAAGAUACCCGGAAAUGGUUUGCUCGAGGAUAUCCUACAUCGGGUUCAAAAUGACUAUAUGGAACAACUAUCCCACCGAAACACGUCACUCAUUGAUAUACAACACGCCUUGAAGCUUUCGGAUACGACACUGUUCAACACUGGUGUCUCAUACAGGAAGCUACCACCGAACAAAGCCACAGCGGAGGAAGUUCAGCUUGUGGAGGUGGGAUCAAUCUACGAUCCUGCGGAGUUCCCCGUUUAUGUCAACGUUGAGGUUGCUGAAGAUGACGCGCGCAUUGACCUGAACUAUUGGACGACGGCUCUGUCAGUUGGUCAAGCAGAAAACGUUGCCAGCGUUUUCCUUAAGGCUCUGGAAAACAUUGCCCAAUACCAAGAUACUAAGGCUAGCACGAUAAGUGAUAUUGACUUUCUCAGCGAGCAGGCUUGCACACAGCUAUGCGAAUGGAAUGCGAAGUUACCAGAUAGGCCUGAAAAGUGUGCACAUGAAGUCAUUCAGCAACAGGCAUUAUAUCUUCCUCUAUCAACCCCCGCAAUAUGCUCAUGGGAUGCGAACCUUACGUACUCAGACGUUGAGCACCUUUCAACUCGACUGGCUCAGUAUCUGAUAGGUCUCGGAGUAGGAUCCGAAACAUUUGUCACCUUGUUUUUCGAGAAGUCAGCUUGGUAUGUCAUCGCGCAAGUCGCUGUGCUAAAGGCUGGCGGGGCAUUUGUCGCUUUGGACCCAAGUCAUCCAGAAGCUCGACUACGGGGUCUAGUGGAAGACGUUGGAGCUUAUGUCAUGUUAUGCUCAGUUAAGCAUACUGAGAAAGCGUCCCGGCUUUGCGAUAUUGUGUUUGGAGUCUGCGAAGCAACAAUCGAUGGGCUUGUAAUUCCAGCAACGGUUAUGCCUGCUGCUACGCCAAGCAUACACACCGCAGCUUAUGCCAUUUUCACAUCUGGUACAACAGGCAAGCCGAAGGUGUCAGUAAUUGAGCAUAUAUCGCUUGGAAUAGCUGCAUCAACGUUCCCUGAGAUUUUCAGAGUGGGCCCGGGGGCUCGUGUCCUUCAAUUUUCAAAUUACAUAUUCGACGUACACGUGUUGGAAACUGUUAUAACCCUUAUGGCAGGUGGCUGUAUUUGUAUUCCUAGCGAAGAAGAACGACUGAACGACUUGUCUGGGGCUAUUAAUAGGAUGGGCGCCACCAUGUGCACCAUGACGCCGUCCACAACAAAUACUCUGAAUCCAGAAUCUGUUCCCACAUUGGGAACAGUCGUGACUGGAGGAGAAAUAAUGACCAAGAGUCAUGUUGACCGCUGGGCAGACAGGCGUGUCAUAAAUGCAUACGGGCCUUCUGAAGCUACCGUAGCUUCCACGGCAAGUGUAAAGGCUGAUGGAGGAAGACGUCUCACUGAGGAUUACAACUCAAUUGGCACUGCAUUUGCUGGCAGGUCUUGGAUCGUCGACCCUGAUAAUUACCACCGUCUCCUCCCUAUCGGAGCAAUUGGCGAAUUGGUCUUGGAAGGCUGCAACGUCGGGCGUGGCUACCUUAACAAUGUUGAAAAGACUAGGGAGGUCUUCAUCACGGACGCUCGGUGGACUGAACAUAGCGGACUAAAGAAAAUAUUCAAGAACAAGGAACGCAUGUACCGUACCGGAGAUCUAGUUCGGUAUAAUGCCGACGGCAGUCUGUGUUUUAUCUCGCGUAAAGAUACUCAGAUCAAACUCAACGGCCAGCGGAUAGAAUUGGGAGAAGUCGAGCAACAAUGCGUCGGUUACCUCCCAGCGAACACACAGGUUGCCGUUGAGGUGAUUACACCAGAAGCAAAAACUGUGGCAAAAUGCCUCGCUGUUUUCUUCGCUACUGGUGAUCAUGAGGAGGAUGAGUCAGGUCUACUGCUUUCCACGAGUGAAACAACAGUAGACAUUGUGAAGAAGCUGCAUAGCUCCCUGAAAGAGUCCUUACCGGUUGUGAUGAUACCGAAGCUCUUCUUCCCGGUACGUUGCCUACCGAUUGCAGCAACCGGAAAGCUUGAUCGCAAAGGGCUUCGUGCCAUGGUUGAACCUCUGCCAAAAGAGAAACUGAUGCAAUACACUACCUUCAAUGAUGGUUCCAGACAAAUAGCCGAAGGUGGAGCUGAAGGUAAACUCAGGGCUUUGUGGGAGGAAGCAUUGGGACUUGCACCGGGCUCUGUCGGCACUGAUGAUAGUUUCUUCGGCAUUGGGGGUGAUUCUCUCUCGGCUAUGAAGCUUGUUAGCGCGGCAGACUUUCAGGGUGUUGCACUCACAGUAGCCGACAUAUACGCAAACCCUAUCUUGGCAGACAUGGCGAAGAUCUGUGAGCAUUCGGAAGCGUCAGCGGACACGGUGACAGUCGAGCCGUUUAGUCUUCUGCCUUCUUCGGUGUGCAAAGAAGCCAUACAAGAAGUUACUGAUCAGUGUCAUAUACCUGAAGGAUCUAUAACCGACAUGUACCCUUGCAGUCCGGUGCAAGAAGGUCUUAUCACACUCUCAACUAAGCAACAAGGAGCCUACAUAGCUCGGCCAAUUUUCAAGCUUACGGACGAAGUCAACUUAGAGCAAUUCAGAGCAGCGUGGCAGCAAACAGUGGAUGAACUCGAUAUUCUGCGAACUCGUAUUGUUCAUACGGACUCUACGGGAUUCCUUCAAGUUGUGCUUGACAAGGAAACUAUUUCUUGGACUGCUGCAACGACGAUCGAUGAGAUCAUGGAUGAGACACCAGAGUUACCAAACCAAAGUGGAGGGUCGCUGACUGCCUAUGCAAUUGUCCAGCCUAGAGAUUCCUCUUCCCGCUAUUUCGUUUGGACAAUACAUCACGCACUGUACGACGGAUGGAGUGUCUCAUUGAUUCUCAAAAGGGUGGAAGAGCUGUAUAAAAGCCCUUCCACUACGGGCUCUACGCUUCCAUAUAAGCUUUUCAUUAGCCACCUGCAAGACAAGGAUAUGUCUGAGUCAGACAACUUCUGGAGAUUACAACUUGCCGACAUCUCUUGUUCUCCCUUCCCCCAAAGUAAGGCUUCAAUGUCGGAUGCUGUACGUGUUGGAAAUCGGUAUCACAGCAGUGUAGAGAUCGGCCGGACUCCAGAGAUCAAAGACUUGACUCUACCCGAGCUUAUACGCGCUGCAUGGGCCAUCGUUAUCUCAGCUCAUACUAGCUCCAGUGACGUCUGCUUUGGUGAAACACUCAUGGGACGGAAUAUCAGUCUCCGCGGAAUUACUGAAGUCGCCGGGCCUGUCCUUACAACAGUUCCUACACGUGUUCAGGUUGACAGCGAGCUCUUGGUCACUCAAUUCUUGCAGAACAUACGCAAGCUAACCACAGCGAUGAUACCACACCAGCACUCUGGGCUCCAACGGAUACGGAAACUCAACGAUAACACGUACCUCGCUUGUGACUUCCAGAAUCUCUUGGUAAUUCAAACGGAAGAGGGAACCAUGAAUGGAGACCUGUGGGUUCCAGAGAAUAACCAAACCGGUAGCGACUUCUUUACUCAUCCACUUACUGUCGAAUGUAAAAUCAGCGGUUCGAAGCUGGUUUUGACUGUCCACCAUGACGAAAUUAUUCUCGACAGCUGGCAAACUGAGAGGCUUACAAACCAGUUCACGCAUGUGAUACAGCAGUUGCUCACUUUCUCUGAGGAGGACAUCAGAAAGGUGGGUGACCUUGUUGUAGCCAGCCCUCAAGACAAGCAAGAAAUCAUUUCGUGGAACCAGCGACACCCAACUCGGGUUGAUAGAUGUGUUCAUGAUAUUAUCCGGGAGAAGGGCGCUGCCCAGCCUGAGGCCCCGGCCGUUUGUGCCUGGGAUGGUCAACUUUCCUACAGGGAAAUGUAUGGCUAUGCAUCAUCAUUCGCUGCCUAUCUUAACUCCCGUGGGGUUGGGCCUGAAACGCUAGUGCCGAUUUGCUUGGAUAAGUCUGUAUGGGCCAUAGUCACCAUACUCGGUAUUCUUAUCGCAGGUGGAGCGUUCGUGCCUCUGGAUCCUGCCCACCCAACAUCGAGGCACAAAGAGAUCUUGGAAGACAUAGAAGCUCGUGUCAUUCUUUGCUCCCCUCAAUAUCGCAAUCGCUAUGCAGGUUCCGUUAAGACCAUUGUUCCUGUCAGCCAAGAGACCAUACGAGCUUAUAGUGCUCUUACAAGGAAGACCCCAAGCCCUAACUGUGCUACACCAUCAAACAUGGCUUAUGCGAUUUUCACCUCAGGAAGUACAGGCCGGCCUAAAGGUAUUAUCAUCGACCAUCGCGCACUUGCAAGCAGUGCUACAGCUUUCUCACCCAUUGUGCACUUGAACGAAAAUUCACGAGCCUUCCAGUUUGCUUCUCUGACAUUCGAUGCCGCUGUCAUGGAAGUACUUGCCACACUGAUGCAUGGAGGUUGUAUAUGCAUUCCAAGUGAGGACGAGCGCUUGAAUGACGUUGCCGGUGCUAUUCGGCGAAUGGAUGUCUCGUGGGCUUUCUUAACCCCAUCGAUUGCAAGCAUUAUCGAGCCAUCGACAGUCCCUUCUCUAAAGGUGCUUGCAUGCGGAGGAGAGAAGCUGUCACGGGAGGUAGUCCUGAAGUGGGCCCAUCGCGUGAAACUGAUCAAUGGUUAUGGACCAACAGAGACAACUAUUUUCGCUGUCCUGAAUGAUGUAACCCCAGGCACUGAACCUGCUUGCAUUGGCUACGGCAUUCCGUCCACAUUGACAUGGGUUGUUGAUCCUGAAAACCACAACCGGCUCUCCCCCUUGGGUGCCAUUGGAGAGCUGGCUUUGGAAGGUGCCGCUCUUGCAAGAGAGUACCUCAAAAGCCCAGAGAAAACGGCCGAUGCUUUUGUCACUGAGCCAACAUGGAUCAAAGACUUCCCCAGCUCCCUACCUUCACCCAGGAGGAUAUACAAGACUGGCGAUUUGGUAAGAUACAACCCAGACGGUUCUAUUGAAUACAUCAGCCGUAAGGAUCAUCAAGUCAAAAUCCACGGUCUCCGUAUGGAGCUUGGUGAAAUCGAGCAUCGUCUGUGCGAAGAUCGUCGUGUGCGUCACGCCGUUGUGAUUCUACCAAAAUCAGGACUUAUUCAGAAACGCCUGGUCGCGAUCUUGUCUUUAGAAUCUUUGAAUUCAGGCAGCGGUCUUAAUUCUGAUGCAGCAUGCGAGCUUAUCAGCCAGGAUCAAAUGGACGUUGUAUAUUCCGAACUUGAAGAAAUUCAGAAGGGUCUCGAGUCACAGUUACCUAUCUACAUGGUUCCACAAACAUGGGCUGUGAUCAAAAAGCUUCCAAUGCUGGUCUCUGGAAAGCUAGACAGGAAAAGGAUAACAGCCUGGAUCGAGAAGAUUGAUGAAUCGAUAUAUGAUCGUAUAAUGCAGGAUUAUGAUAACAUCAAACGAGGCAAUGGCAAUACGGAGUACAAGAAUGAAGAAGACCACGACUCUUCCAUCAAUGUCCUGCGUGAUAUCUUUACUCAGGUGCUCAACAUUCCAUCCUCAAAGAUCGAUUCUACUCGGUCGUUUGUUAGCCUUGGGGGUGAUAGCAUUACUGGCAUGGCUGUUAUUUCCAGGGCUCGUAAGCACGGACUCAACUUGACGCUACACAAUAUUCUUCAGAGCAAGUCGAUAACCGAGCUUGCCCUUACAUCUACUGUCAUAGUCCAGACAAUCAAGCACGAAGAGAAGUCUGGCGAAUUAUUCGACCUUUCUCCAAUCCAGGGCUUGUUUAUGCAGAUGACGGGUAAAUUCCAGGGCAGGGCUCGUUUCAACCAAAGCAUGACAGUCCGCCUUACAAAACGGACAAGGCCAGAUAUUGUGAAGAAUACCAUCAAGGCGGUUGUUGACCGACACUCUAUGUUCAGGGCAAGAUUCAGCAAAUCUUCUGAUGGAAAUUGGCAACAAACAAUCACUAAGGAUAUUGAUUCAUCUUAUCGGUUCCGCACUCAUUCUAUCAACAGUCCAAGUGACAUGUUGCCCGAGAUCGCGGAAAGCCAGCAGUGCCUGGAUAUCCAGAACGGGCCAAUAUUCGCCGCAGAUCUAUUUGAGGUUCGCGGUCAUGAGCAAGUUCUAUUCGUUGUAGCCAAUCAUCUUUGUGUUGAUAUGGUGUCAUGGCGCAUAGUCCUACAGGACAUGCAGGAAUUCAUUGAAACCGGUACCCUGUCCUCUGACAAGCCACUAUCAUUCCAGGGCUGGUGCGACCUCCAGGUCGAGAAUAGCAAGCGAGAAAACGGUGUUAUCCAACUGCCGUUCUCGAUUGAGCCGCCCAAUUUGGCUUACUGGGGCAUGGCGAACUCUCAAAACCUCUAUGGUCAUGUCAAGAUGGAGUCGUUCACCCUGAACGAAGAAGCUACUGCUUUCAUUCUUGGCCGCUGCCAUGAAGCUCUUCGAACGGAGACUGUUGAGAUUCUACUCUCAUCUGUCAUUCAUUCCUUCCGUCGAGUAUUUGCCGAUCGGAACGUCCCGACCAUCUACAAUGAGGGCCAUGGCCGCGAAGCCUGGGAUGCUAGCAUUGACCUCUCCAGGACAGUUGGCUGGUUCACAACAAUGUGUCCUCUGCAUGUUGAUGGAGCCUCAGAUAUUAUCAAUACUCUGAAGCGAGUCAAGGACACAAGACGCAAGAUUGCGAAUGACAGCCGGUCUUACUUUGCUCAGAGUCUCCUCCAUCCACCAGCAGAUGGUUCCACAAGCUUCCCAGUUCCCCUAGAAGUUGUCUUCAACUAUCUCGGUCAGCUCCAGCAAUUGGAACGCAAGGACUCCCUAUUCCAGCAUUAUGGAGGCGCAUUUGAUGCUGAAACCUUUGAAUUGUCAGGAGAUAUGGGGCCUCAAACGUCGCGGUUUGCUCUCUUCGAGAUCUCCGCGAUCAUCAUCAAGGAUAAGCUUCAUGUUUCUUUCACAUACAACCUUAAUAUGCAACACAGAUCACGUAUCCAGAACUGGGUCUCUGAGUGCAGAAGAACCCUUGAAGAGGAGAUUCUGUCCCUCAAAGACUAUUCGCCCGCGCCAACUCUCAGCGACUAUCCCUUACUCCCGACAACCUAUGGCGGACUGGAUGAUCUUGUCAAGAAAACUUUGCCUAAAGCUGGGGUUGAAAGCUGGGAUAGGGUUGAAGACAUCUAUCCAUGCUCUCCGGUGCAAGAAGGUAUCCUGCUCAGCCAACUUCGCGAUCCGCAUGGGUACAUGUUCCACGGUAUUUUCGAAGUUCGUUCUCUCCAGGGCAAACAUAUCGAUUCAGCAUUACUCAGAAAGGCAUGGGCAAUGGUAGUCAGCCGGCACCCGGCCUUACGUACAUUGUUCAUCGAUAGCAACUACAAGGGUGGGACUUUCGACCAGCUGGUCAUUAAGGCACCUGGCGAUGAUAUCCUCGAAUUCGAGUGCGAUGAGUCGCUUGCAUUCGCUAAACUUGAUCAAGUCAGGCUUCACGAUAUAAAUGCUAACAGGCGCAUAAAGCUUCCGCAGCAUUUGACCAUCUGCACGACAGACUCUGGGAGAGUGCUCAUGAAGCUCGAGAUGAACCACGCGGUCGUCGAUGGCGGCUCCAUUGACGUUCUCUUCAGAGACCUGGCAUUGGCAUACAAUAACCAGCUCCCUGCAGGAUCGGGGCCUCGUUACAGUGACUAUAUUAAAUACACCAGGAGCCAAGUACAUGACAAAGCAUUACAGCACUGGAAGCAAUACCUCGCCGGAGUUCAUCCCUGCCAUCUAUCGUUCUCUGCUAAGCCAAGAGGUUAUCUCUGCGAACAUAAUUCUGUCACCCUUGCUAACCUAACGCUUUCGGCCUGGGCAGUUGUUCUUCGGAGCUUCACAGGCUCAGACGAUAUCUGUUUUGGCUAUCCUUCCGCUGGUCGUGAUUCUCCGGUUCCCGGAAUACACGAUGCUGUUGGUAUUUUUAUUAACAUGCUGUGCUGUAGAGUCAAGUUCACAUCGGGUCAGACAUUAGAGGAUGUCUCCAAGUUGGUACAGAGUGAUUAUAUUGGAAAUCUUCCACACCAGAACUGCUCCCUGGCACAGAUCCAGCAUGAGCUUGGCCAACAAGGACAGUCACUUUUCAACACAACUCUAUCCAUCCAAAAUCGUUCAGCUCCUCAAGGCCCCGGUGACAAUAUUAUAUCAUUUGAGAUGCAAAGGGCACACGAUCCGACCGAAUAUCCUGUCACAGUGAAUGUCGAAACAACCAAGGGCCGUGAGGGUAUCAUGCUUAGAUACUGGAAGGACACAGUGUCCGACAGUCAAGCGAAGGACUUGGCGAAUGCUAUUGCUAAGGUCUUUACCUGCUUCAUUGAGCGCCCGUCCAGACUGGUAUCGGAACUCAAGCUUACUCCAAGCCACGAUUCCUCGGCUAUGGAUAACUCCGCUUUGAUGGAUUCGGACGUACUCAACAGUGAUGCUCUAAAGAAGUUGAUUGACAUCCGCGUCAAUGAGAUAAUUACCCGAAUGCUCAAAGAGGGAACGCUAGCUAUACCUACCGUGCAUGAGCUUCACAUUAAAGCAUCGGAGGGUUCAUUCAGAACGAAACGGAUGCCUCGUGGAGGGGAUCUUUCUGACUCUACGCUGACUUUGACCAACUAUAGUAGAGCGUCAACAGAUACCAGGGAAUCAACUGACCUUGAGAAACGGCUUUGGUCGUUGUGGAGCUCUGCACUGGGCCUAUCUCCCAACAUUGUCAACCGUAAAGGCAGUUUCUUCAAGCUAGGCGGCGAUAGUAUAACUGCUAUGAAAAUGGUUGGCGCUGCUAGAGAGGAAGGUCUCUCGUUGAGUGUAGCAGAUGUCUUCGGCAAUCCGGUAUUCGAGGAUAUGCUGGCCAUAGUCGUCGCGAAGGAUACUCCCGCAGUGUUUGAAACUCAUACACAGGCCAUUCAGCUCAGCGAGAAAGUCCCAGAGUCACCGGUCGUUAUCACCAGGGCAGUUUCACCCGACGAGAUAUCCGUGCUGCGGCCUAUACCAAUUGACGAUUCGUCUUUACAGUCCAGCAUCUGCUCCAAGAUUGGUGUCUUCAGAGGUGGCAUUGCCGACGUUCUCCCCGUUACCGACUUCCAGGCUAUGUCGAUCACCGCGAGUCUCUUCAAGUCCAGAUGGAUGUUGAACUACUUCUUCCUCGACGGUAAAGGCCCAUUGGACAUUAGACGACUUAGAGAAAGUUUCUUGCAAGUGGUCGACGCCUUCGAUAUCCUUCGGACGGUGUUUGUCUGCUUCCAUGGCCAAUUCUUCCAGGUCGUGUUGAGAAAGAUGCGGCCAAUAAUCGUCAUUCACGAGACGGAGCAGAGUCUGGAUGAGUAUACUGAGUCCCUACAGCAGCGUGACCGAGAGCAGGACCCCCGACAAGGCGAACAAUACGUGCAGUUCUACGUCGUGAAAAAGAAGAACACCGAUCAUCAUCGUAUCCUGAUCAGAAUGUCACACACUCAGUUUGACGGCGUCUGCCUGCCACGAAUCAUGUCGGCCAUAAAACUGGGUUACGAGGGUAGCCCUAUUCCCCGAACGUCCUCUUUCUCGAACUACAUGCGCAUGCUCCCUGGAAACAUUACUCCAGAACACUAUCAACAUUGGUCGACACUUCUACAGGGUUCCAAGAUGACCGAUAUCAUCAGAAGACAGACGCCCAAUAACUUCCAACACAUCGGCUCUUUCACCGCACAGAAGAAGGCCAUUGAGAUCUCAGCUACGGUCAUCGGCGACGUCACGCUGGCCACAGUCAUGCAAUCAGCCUGGGCCAUGACACUGGCCAAGCUCUCUGCACAAUCCGACGUCGUCUUCGGGCUCACAAUCAGCGGCCGAAACACAACAAUCCCUGGUAUUGAAAGUACCGUCGGACCCUGUCUCAACAUGAUUCCAGUGCGAGUCAAUUUCGGAGACCGAUGGACCGGCCUCGACAUCUUCCGCUACCUCCAAGACCAACAAGUCGCCAACAUGCCCUACGAGUCCCUAGGAUUCAGGGAGAUUAUCCGAAACUGCACGGACUGGCCCGACUCCACGUUCUUCACCACGUCUGUCUUCCACCAGAACGUCGAAUACGAAGGCCACAUGCAGCUCGACGACAACAUGUACCGGAUGGGCGGCGUGGGCGUGGUAGACAACUUCACCGACAUCACGGUAGUAUCCAAGCCCACAGGUGACGGCAAGCUGGACAUCACGCUCGCCUACUCGGAAAGAAGCGCAAUCACCACGCCCUUCGCCGCGAAGAUCCUCGAUAUGCUCUGCGAAACCGCACACAGUCUCAUCACCAACCCUCAAAUCACCCUCCCCUCCCCAUCGACCCUCCGCUCCCUGCCCUGCCAAGUCAUCGAUGACCUCCCCAGGCCAACCGAAGAGCACUUCCUCACCUCUAACCUCAACAGCAGAAGCAUCUCCGAGCUGCUCGUCCACUCCGACAUCCUCAACAAAACCUGGCAACACGUCCUCCCCAACAGGCACCCAGAGACCCCCCGGCCGCCCUUCCAGCUCAACUCGUCGUUCUUCGGCCUGGGCGGCGACAUCUUCAGCAUGGGUCAGCUGGCCUGGGGUCUCGAGCAAGAAGGCCUCCAGGUUCGGCUCGAGGAGUUACUCGAGCAUCCUACUUUCCUGGGCCAUUUAGCUGUACUGGCAUUGCAUAAUGCCAAACAGGAGAAUCUGGUGGAGAGGACUAGGACCGUGGAGAGCAGAGCUCCUGCCCCGUCCGUCUCUGUUAAGGGGAGGACGAAGAGUGCCAAUUGGAAUCCUCUUGGUAAGGCUCUUACUUUGGCCAGGAGGUUUACUAAGAAACGGAGUUCGAAGUCUUGA